AUGCCUACAUCGCUUGUCCUCAAGAACAACCAAGCUAUGAUCAAUGCGAUACGUCAGACAGGUGCACAACAAUUGAUCCUUGUACCCGGCAACGGAUUUACAGGCGCACAUCGCUGGCUCAAUUCUACAUGCGGGGAUGCUUCGUUAGAGUGUAAACCUAAUUCCGAAGUCCUAGCAGCCAUUACCGACCCGCUCGACAACUUUGCCUUCGACAUGCACCUCUACUUCGAUAACGAUACCAGCGGCACACAUGAGGAAUGUACACUCGCAGCUCCUACGAACCUCCUUCCUGUCACUACCUGGCUCCAAGAGAACAACUACACCGCCUUCCUGUCAGAAUUUGGGGCAGGGGCGAAUCCGACGUGCUUCAAAACUCUCAACAAUACGAUCACGCACUUGGAAGAUAGCGGCGUCUUCAUUGGAUGGACGUAUUGGUCUGCAGGGCCUCUAUGGGGCGAAUAUUUCCUGAGUGUCGAACCGGGCGUUGGUCCACAGUCAUCUUCUACGUGGCCAGAGAUACUAGAGCCGCAUUACGAAUGGGAGAAACAGGCAGAAUGA